AUACACACUAUCACCUGUGCACCUGCCCGCAGACGAGAUUCGCCCUUCUAUAAACUCGCAAGCCUAAAACCCUUGCUUGCGUACACACUAUCGCAGUGUUGGAAAACAAUAAUAAAGAUCUGAUUUUUAGUCGGGUAUUCUCUCUUCGUCUCCCGCCUGCUUAAACCCUAAACCCUUUUCCAUUUCCUUUGGAUCUCCUGCUCCCCAUUGGCAAUUGAUUCGGUUUUCUAUCUUUGGUGUUCAAAUCAGGUACAACAAUGGCUUUCCUGAACAGAGUUGGCAUCUUGCUAAAAAGUAAUGUCAGCAAACAUAUCACGUCAGCAUCUUCUUCCUCAAACCCUUCACUUUUUCAGGCAAUAAGGAGCAUGAGCUUCGUUGCAGGCACAAAGCUCUUUGUUGGAGGUCUCGACUAUCGAGUGGACGACCAGUCUCUAAGGGAACAUUGUUCUCGCUAUGGGGAGGUUGAGUAUGUUAAAAUUAUUAUCGACCGUGAUAGUGGUGUUUCUCGUGGAUUUGGCUUUGUGACUUUCAGAUCUACCGAGGCAGCUUCCAGUUGCAUCCAGGGACUCGACGGCCAGGAACUUCAUGGGAGGAGGCUCAGGGUGAACUAUGCUACCGAAAAAAAUCGUGGAGGAGGCUAUGGUGGCGGCGGUUAUAAUUCUGGCGGUGGUGGCGGCUGGGAGGGUGGCAAUUAUUCCGCCGGAGGAUAUCCACGUGGCAAUUAUUCCAGUGGUGGAGAUGGCAAUUAUGGCGGCAAUGUUGGGUGGGGCAGCGGUGGUGGAGGCGACGGCGGCAAUGAGUUUUCUGGCGGCAACUCCAGUGGCGGAAAUUAUGCUGGUGGGGCAGGGGCCGACUAUGGUGGCAGAAACGAGUUUUCCGGCGGAAAUUCCGGUGGUGGCUAUGGUGGCGGCAACUCUCUGCGAGGUGGUGAAGGAGGUGGUGGCUAUUCUGAUAGUUCUCCGAGCUUAAGCUCCAUUUUGAAUGAUGGGCCGGGUGGGGCCCAUGGUGGAGACCAGGAAUGGGUGGGUGAUGAUGUUGGCGAAUUUGGGGAUGGAAAAGAUGAUUUUGGAGGUGUUGAUAAAGGUGAGAAUAGCAGGGAUGAGGAUGAUUAUGCAAAUACCAGGAGUUAAGAGGAGUUAAGAGGUGAAAUUGUGUUGCUCGGUUUUUCCUUUUUCUCAUCUUCUUAUGCAGACUUUUGGGUGUAAUUUAAUAAUUCACCUUCCUUUUUUGUUCUUUGGUAUUUCAUGUUCUCGUGUCUAUUGCUGAGAAUGCUGGAUCUUUACUGAUAAGACUUAAUGGAUGUCAUAUGGUUCUGCUUGGGGUUUUAUUCGCUUGAAAGCAUGGUUCUGCUGUGAAUUUCAUGUUGAAUUUAUAAAUUUAAAUUUGUAGCUUGUGAUGUCUUUUUGAAAAAUAAUUUGCCUUGUAUAGUAUUUGUAGAAUUUGCCAAUUGGAAGUGUUUACAACAAAUUGGCAGGAGGAA